GGCUGGGAAGAGCGGAGAACAGCGGGGGAAGAGCGGGGGAAGGCGGCCCCGGCGGCGGGAGUGGCCCCGGGCGCGGUGUGGGAAGGCCGGGCCACCUCCGGGAGCCGCUGCCCCCGGGGAACCUUCCCCUGCCCCCGCCUGGAGCAACAGGGGCCCGGGCGGCCGCCAUGGACUCCGGCAGCGAGACCCACGAACUCAACGGGACGGCGGAGGGCGCGGAGUCGGCGGCCGAGGAGCAGCGCAGAAGGUGGCAGUGGUUCCAAAGGAACAGACCCAUCAACAUCAACCACUAUGCCAACAAGAAGAGUGCGGCCGAGAGCAUGCUGGACAUCGCCCUGCUGAUGGCCAACGCCUCCCAGCUCAAAGCUGUCAUGGAGCAAGGGCCCUCCUUUUCCUUCUACGUCCCGCUGAUCAUUCUCAUCAGUCUGUCGCUCACCCUGCAAGUUAUCGUGGGAGUGCUCUUGAUAUUCCUUGUAAAAUAUGACCUUAACAACCCUGCAAAACAUGGAAAGCUGAAUUUCCUCAACAACCUUGCAACUGGACUAGUAUUCAUUAUAGUAGUUGUGAAUAUUUUUAUCACUGCCUUUGGAGUGCAGAAACCAGUUGCUGAGCCAGCAUCAAGACAGUAAGGACCAGAGACCUGGACCAUUCAUUUUAGAUGCCAUUUGCAGUUGAGCCAGCUACGCUGGACACAGUGGGGAAAGAAAAAUAAUUUGAAGAAGCUGGACACACCAAACAGCUUUCUCAAGCUUCCAACACACCUGUAUACCUGAAAUUUUCCCAUGUGUUAAUAUUUAAAUUGUUUGGCAUCUAAGAGAAGGUUAGCUUUGCCCCAAGGAUGCUGUUUUUCUGGAAUAUUGGCAUUUCAAUUUCUGAAGAAACUUUUUUUUUUUUCAGAGAAGUGACAUAAAUUCAUGAAACGAGGAAAUGCCAUCUGGUAGCAUUUCACAUUUCACAGGACUUUUCUUUUUACAUGCCUUUGGUUUUUGUGGCAAUUUGUCAUUUCAUGAUGGUAAGAAAUGUCAGGCCUUUGAUUCUGGCAUGGUCACAUUGUCCUUUAUUUCACAGCUUGGCACCAAGCCCAUGUACUCUGCAGCCCAGCAGGGCUCUGGCUUUGCAGUGUGUAAAGGUAGCUCUGCUUUUGCACAGCUUUUUGUUUUGCUUUUUUUUCCACUCUAGCUAAAGGAAAGAUGAGACAAACGAAAUAAGCAGCAUUUUUUUGCCCAGUUUUGUUCACAGGUAAUCAUUUGAAUUGUUUCUUCUGGACAGACUUAAAAUUUCCUGUCCUUCAUGCACAGACACAAAUCACCUAAUUGUUAAUGGUUUCUUACCAUGUAUUGCUAUUCUGUGUAUUCUGUCCAUUAUAUGUAUUUAUUUGAAUCAUAGAGUCGUUUGCAUUCAAGGGACCUUUAAAGCUCAUCCUGUUCCAUCCCUGCCAUGGCAGGGACCCCUCCCACUGUCCCAGGUGCUCCCAGCCCUGCCCAGCCUGGCCUUGGGCACUGCCAGGGAUCCAGGGGCAGCCCCAGCUGCUCUGGGCACCCUGUGCCAGGGCCUCACCACCUUCAUUGUAAAAGGUUUUUUCUUAUAUCAAAUUUCUGGAAACUCUAUUACAAGUGCCACCUUUUCUAGGCUCUACUGGUAAACUGGAAGAUCCAGGGUGAACUUUACCUGUUAAACUGGUACCAAGUGCCUGUCAGCAGCAACUCAAAUGGCAAAAUGAACUGAGUUUUUCUCUCUAGUUUCCUCUCUCUCUUCCCAUCAUUGAUUGCUGCAGUUUUGUUCCUUUUCAGAAUUUAUGGCUAAAAGUAAAAUAAAAUUUUAAAUUUUUAUUUUUAAAUAUAUAGAGAGAGUUAUAAAUAUCUUCUAGUCUCUUACCUGCUGGCUCAGGGACUUACACUUUUUCUAAAUACACUAUUGCUAAUAAUAGUGUAGCUUACAAUAAUUUCUUCAACAAAAACAUUUUAGUCAUUUUAUUUCCAAAGUAUCAUACCUACAAUCAGAAAAAUCUAAGUUUUCUAGAUUGCACUUAUAUGUAGAUUCAAGAUGUAGAUUUGUAUGAAUCAAUCUUCUUGGUGUCAAUUUUUAAAAGCUCCUUUGUACAGAAGAAUAGAAGAUUGAUUUCAUGUGUCUUAUCUCAUUCACAGGUUUUAUUACUGACCUUUCUCUUUGGUUAUGUCUCAAAGCCCACUGAUGUACCAGACUUUCAUGUAUACAUUCUGUAAGAAUUACUAACAGAAAACAAAUCAAACUCGUGUGAUUAGUAAUGGAAUAGAUAUUCUUUUUUUAUUUUCUAA